ACAAAAAGAAUCACAUCGUUGAAAUCGUAAAGCAAUAAGAUAAUGAAUGAUUAAUUCAGAAGAAUUUAAAUAAGCAUUACAUUUGAUAGAGUAAUCUGAAUGUUAAUGAGUUAAAGCAAUUAAGAAGGCAGUUUGCAGCAUCUUCAGAUAUUAACAAAGAACACUUUUGAUGGAGAUAUAUCAGUAGAGAUAUUUAAGAGCAAUAUACGAGAAGAAGGAAAACCUUUGUGUACUGUGACGAGAGAAAGGAAAAUUAUGGAAAUUGAAUUAUAUCGGAGUGAAGUUGAAUGUAAAAGAGAGUCUGAAGAAAUUGAUUUUUCUGAUGGGGAGAAGAAUGAAAAGGGCAAAAUAUCAUAUCAUUGUGAUAUCUGUGGUAAAUCCUUCUCUGGAUAUCGUUAUUUCACUAGGCACAAGUGUGUUCAUACAGCAAAGAAGCCAUAUCGGUGUGAUAUCUGUGGUAAAUCCUUUUCUCAAAAUAUUCACCUGACUAACCACAAACGCAUUCAUUCAGGAGAGAAGCCAUUUCAGUGUGAUAUCUGUGGUAAAUCUUUCUCUGGAAGUAAUCAUGUAACUGCUCACAAGUGUGUUCAUACAGGAGAAAAGCCAUAUCCUUGUGAUAUCUGUGGUAAAUCAUUUUCUCAAAGUAAUCACCUGACCAGGCAUAGACGCAUUCACCCAGUCACCCAGCAAAGCAAUUAA